UGCAAUAUCCCUCCCGCCGCCUGAGUGAUAUGUUAAAAGUAGUUCCUAUUACGUGCCUCUUUAUAAAUUCAUCAAAAAUACAGUGGGGAAAUUAUAAUAAACCGAAUAAAAAUACUGAAGACUUGGCCUAAAGGUCUAAAUACCAGGUCAUAAACUCAAAAAAAAAAACAGGACGGGCUUGACUUAACUUCUGACUUCUGUGCCUCUGUGGAUCUUAUUAAUGUUGUUUUUAAAUAACAGUUAAUCUUAAAUCUUAAUAGUAUUGUUCGAAAACUGAAUAUUUAUGAAGAAUUAAGAGCCUAACGCUGAUUAGUGUAGAUAACAGCAAUGAGCUACAAGAUUACAGAAUAUUCAGCUUAUUUAAAAAAAUAUUGCCGAUUUGGUUUUAAAAAAAGUAGGAAAGAAAUGCUACAUUAACAUACAGUAUAAUAUGCUUAGAUAAUUCCUUUUUUAUUAUUACUUUAUUGCAAUAUUUAUACGUUAUCACCUAACAGUUUUACAUUAGUUUUUUACUGUCUCUUAGAUUGUAAUUAAAAUGGAGAAGAUAGUUCAUUUGGAUUUUAAAGGCGCACCUUUGAAAGUCUCUUACUUAGAGAAGCUGUUCAGCAGUAUCAAAGAAUGGGGUGGAACAGGGCUACUUAUAGAGUGGGAGGAUACAUUUCCUUUUACAGGAGAUUUGGAGUGCAUCGGCAGUUCAAAUAAUUCUGGGGGAGAUGGAAUGUACUCUAAUGAGGAAGUGAAAGAUAUAAUGCUUUGUGCAAAGGCAAAUGGACUAGAAGUUAUUCAACUAAUUCAAACCAUAGCCCACAUGGAAUAUGUGCUAAAGCAUCCAAAGUAUUGUCAUCUAAAAGAGUCAUUACCAUCACCGGCUGUUUUAUGCCCAACAAAAGCUGAUUCUUUACAACUGGUUUGUAACUUGAUUGAUGGUGUAUUAAAUGCACAGCCAGAAGCCAAGUAUAUCCAUAUUGGUGCUGAUGAGGUUUGGCACACCGCAGUCUGUCAUUCAUGUCAACAUAAAGCAGCAACACAUAAAUACAAAGUGGCAUCACUGUUUUUAGAUCAUAUACAAGCUGUAAUAUUGUAUGUGAAGCAACGCAGGCCCAAUAUCACAAUAUUAAUGUGGGAUGAUAUGUUGCGGCCUAUGACUGUUGAGACGUUACAAGCAUACAACUUGAGGGAUUUAGUUCAACCAGUUAUAUGGAACUAUAGCUCUGUGGAACAUUUUCAAAUUGACCGGACACUGUGGGAGAAAUAUGAUAACUUAUUUUCUAACGUAUGGGCUGGGUCUGCGUUUAAAGGGGCUAAUGGAAGUAGUCAGAUGCUAUCACGAGUUGUUCGGUAUGUCAGUAAUCAAGAGGCAUGGCAAAGGGAAAUCAGUAAGAAACCAAAUGGAGUUCAUUUCAAUGGAGUCAUACUUACUGGCUGGUCAAGAUACGACCAUUACGCGACAUUGUGUGAAUUGCUUCCUGUUGCUCUUCCCAGUUUGUAUAGCUGUCUUAGAAUUUGGACUCAACCUACGGACACUAAUGAAACAGCCCGGGAAGUUUUGCCAGAGGAAGAAUGGCCUGGCAUAGAAGUCGCGAGAUGUAUUCACUCGUUCGUCAUGUUGAGAGAGCGAAGUUAUUCAUUACUACACGGAGACUUAGUAGCGACGUGGCUAAAUCCGUGGCAAAUCAAAAUGUCCUACACAAGUCCGGUACAAGUUGAAAGUGUGGCAAAUGCUUCGAACACAAUUUUAACUGAUCUCAGAGGACUAUAUGCGGAAACGAAGAAACAAUUGCAGCAAAUUACAGGAAAAAGGAGUACAGAGGAAUGGAUAGUUGCGUUUUUUGAUACCAUAUUGAAGAAUAUCGAGGAACUGAACAGGGUUGCCAGCUUGAGGCGACAAGUUGCGGCUAGUGUUAGGCCAACUUAUUCAUAGUAGAAUUUUUAAACAUUAUUACACUUGCAUAAAACAAUGAGAUUUAGCCCGUAUAUCUAUGUCUCCCGUAUUAAUGAAUAUGUGUUUUUAAUUUUUUUUUAUAAAAAUAAACUUCUUCUGAAUUUAGUAUUGUCUUUGGUUAACAUAGCUUUUACACAUUGAUAUAAAACAAUUUUUUAU